GCCCCGGGAGCCGGCGCCCCGCGGCGCCCCGCGGCGGGAGGUAAGGGCGGCCGCCGCCCCGCGCCCCGGCAGCCAUGCGGACCCUGCGGCCGCAGCUCGCCUCCCUGCUGCUCCUCGGCAUGGCGCUGGCCCAGCGGCAAGUGACAGUGCAGGAGGGACCCCUGUACCGCACYGAGGGGUCCCACGUCACCCUGUGGUGCAAGGUGAGCGGCUACCAGGGCCCGGCGGAGCAGAACUUCCAGUGGUCCAUCUACCUGCCCUCGGCCCCCGAGCGGGAGGUGCAGAUCGUCAGCACCRUGGACCCCUCGUUCCCCUACGCCAUCUACACCCAACGCGUGCGCGGCCGCGGCAUCUUCGUGGAGCGGCUGCAGGGGGACGCCGUGCUGCUGCACAUCACYGAGCUGCAGGAGCGCGACGCCGGCCAGUACGAGUGCCACACGCCCAACACCGACGAGCGCUACUUCGGCAGCUACAGCGCCAAGAUGGACCUCGUGGUGAUCCCCGACUCACUGCGGGUGACGGCCAUCCCGCAGACGCUCAACAAGGUGGAGCACGACUCCCUGGAGCUCAAGUGCGAGGUGUCCAAGAGCACGGAGCAGCACAGCCACGUCUCCAUUGCGUGGUACCGACAGCGCGGCGGCGAGGCGCCUGUGGAGAUCAUCUCCCUGAGCCGCGACUUCGUCCUGCGGGCUGGCGGCGCCUACGCCCAGCGCCACGCCACGGGGGACGUGCGGCUGGACAAAGUSGGGGAGACCACCUCCAAACUGACCAUCUACAACCUGCACCCGUCAGACCAGGGCGAGUUCUACUGCGAGGCGGCYGAGUGGAUCCAGGACCCGGACGGUUCCUGGUAUGCCAUGACCCGCAAGCGCUCCCAGGGCGCCAUCGUCAACGUGCAAGCCACCGAUAAGGAGUUCAGUGUCCGGCUGGAGACGGAGAAGCGGAUGUACAUCGUGGGCGAGCCGGUGGAGUUCCGCUGCAUCCUGGAGGCACAGAACGUCCCUGACCGCUACUUCUCCAUCUCCUGGGCCUUCAACAGCUCCCUCAUCGCCAGCCUGGGACCCAACGCUGUGCCAGUGCUCAACAACGAAUUUGCCCAGCGCGAGGCCCUGGGCCAACUCAAGGUGGCCAAAGAAAGCGACAAUGUUUUUGUGCUGAAGAUCUACCGCCUGCGGCUCGAGGACAGCGGCAAGUACAACUGCCGGGUGACCGAGCGCGAGAAGACCGUGACGGGCGACUUCAUCGACAAGGAGAGCAAGCGGCCCAAGAACAUCCCCAUCACUGUCAUGCCACUCAAGACCAGCAUCUCCUUGGAGAUUAUCAACAACGCCAGCAAUGUCUUGGAGGGAGAGAGCCUGCGCUUUGGCUGCAACGUGCGCUCGGGCCUGGGGCCGCAGAGCCGCCUGUCGGUCACCUGGCAGCUGCUGGACAAGCUGAACCGGCGCAGCGAAAUCGUGCGUCUGGACCGGGAGGGCACCCUGCACCCYGGCCCCGCGUACGCCGAGCGCAGCGGCUACGGUGGCAUCCAGGUGGAGCAGGUGCGGCCCGGCUCCUUCACCCUGGAGAUCUUCAACAGCGUCAAGGCCGACGAGGGCCACUAUGAGUGCCGGGUGGCCGAGUGGACGCGCACGCUGGAUGGGGAGUGGCAGAUGGUUGGGGAGCGGCACACGAGCACCCCGGUGUCCAUCACUGCUCUGGAGGCCGGAUUUGCUGUCACAGCCAUCUCCCGCACCCCGGGGGUGACCUACAACGAGUCCUUCGACCUGCAGUGCAUCAUCAAGCCGCACUACCCRUCGUGGGUGCCGGUGUCGGUGACAUGGCGCUUCCAGCCGGCGGGCAGCACCGAGUUCCACGACCUGGUCACCUUCACGCGUGAYGGUGGCGUCCAGUGGGGCGACAGGUCCGCAGGGUUCCGGACCCGCACGGCCAUCGAGAAGGCCGAGUCCAGCAACAAUGUGCGCCUGAGCAUCAGCAGGGCCAGCGACACYGAGGCCGGCAAGUACCAGUGCGUGGCUGAGCUCUGGAGGAAGAACUACAACAGCAGCUGGACCAGGCUGGCAGACAGGACCUCCAACCUGCUGGAAAUCAGGGUCCUGCGGCCAGUGACCAAGCUGCAGGUGAGCAAGUCGAAGCGGAGCAUCACUCUGGUGGARAACCGGCCCAUCCCACUGAACUGCUCGGUGAAGUCGCAGACCAGCCCCGACUCGCACUUUGCCGUGCUGUGGUAUGUGCACAAGCCUUCGGACGCGGACGGGAAGCUCAUCCUGAAGACUACACACAGCUCGGCCUUCGAGUAUGGCACCUACGCGGAGGAGGAGGGGCUGCGGGGCCGGCUGCAGUUYGAGCGCUCGGCUUCGGGCGGGCUCUUCAGCCUGACGGUGCAGCGGGCCGAGGUGCGCGACAGCGGCAGCUACUACUGCCACGUGGAGGAAUGGCUGCUCAGCCCCAACCACGCCUGGUACAAGCUGGCAGAGGAGGUGUCGGGCCGCACCGAGGUCACCGUCAAGCAGCCAGAUAACCGCCUGCAGGUGAACCAGACCCACAAGAACAUCACGGUGCUGGAGAACGAGUGGGUGACCCUGGAGUGCCUGGUGAGCAACCGGACCAGCCCRUCGUCCCAGCUGUCAGUGGAGUGGUCGGUGUGGCGGCCGGGCCGUGCCGAGAAGGAGUUGGUGGCCUGGCUGAGCCGGCAGGGCACGCUGCACUACGGGGAGCCGGCGGYGCUGGGCGACCUGCGGAGCCGGCUGCACCUGGAGAGCCCGGCCCCGGGCCUCUUCCUGCUCUCCAUCCACAACUCCACCGUGCRGGACAGCGGCGCCUAUGGCUGCCGUGUGGAGGAGUGGCUGCUGGACCCCGGCGAGCGCUGGUACAAGCGCGCAGAGGACGUCUCCGGCCUCAUCGCCCUCACGGUCAAGCAGCCAGAUCCCACCUUGCAGGUGGACACAGCCACUGCCAACCUCACGGUGCAGGAGAAGGAGUCCUUCCCGCUGGACUGCAGCAUCCUGUCCCGCUCCAGCCCAGAGUCCCACUUUGCAGUGACGUGGUACAGCCUGCGGGCCAAAGAGGCGGGCGACCACAYGGCGGAGGGGGAGGAGGAGGAGGAGGAGGAGAGGGAAGCAGUGCUGAGUGUGGGCCCUGAUGCCAUCUUCAGCCCCGAGGCUGGUCGCUGGGAGGGCCGCCUGCGCUUCCAGAGGCUCUCGGCGGUGCUUUUCCGGCUGACGGUGCUGCAGGCGGGCRGUGCCGACACGGGCAACUACUCGUGCCGAGUGGAGGAGUGGCUGGCGAGUCCCAACGGUGUCUGGUACCGGCUGGCCGAGGAGGAGUCGGGGAUGGUCACUGUGCACGUGCAGGAUGCAGGCUCCACCCUGCAGUCUGUCAUCUGCUCCAAUGAYGCCCUCUUCUACUUUGUGUUCUUCUACCCCUUCCCCAUCUUUGGCAUCUUGAUCAUCACCAUCCUCCUGGUGCGGUUCAAGAGCCGAAACUCCAGCAAGAACUCGGAGGGCAAGAACGGGGUGCCCUUGCUGUGGAUCAAAGAGCCUCACCUCAACUACUCUCCCACUUGCCUAGAGCCACCAGUCCUCAGCAUCCACCCGGGGACCAUAGACUAAAGAGGCAGAGACACCUGUAGGGACGCACAGAGGGAGAGAAGCAGAGAUACACCGGGGAUCCUAAGGAACACAGUGGGGUUUGUUGUUCUUGUUUCAUUUGUUUCAGUGUCUGCGCUCUGACACAGUGGCUGASCCUGCCCAGCCAGCAGGAGCAGGAAGGUCCAAGGCCUCUUCCAGUACCUGUGGGAAUGUACCCCCUCACCCCAGUGGACAGAGGCACUUGCUGUACAUAGCGGAUGUUCCUCUCRGAAUAAUUUGACUCAUGUCAGUUGCUGUUUUUUGGGCUGUUACUUUUUUAUCAUUUCUUUUUGUGGACACUCAAAGAACUGUAGACUUCCCCUGCCCUCCACACAGUGUGGAAUUCCCAGGGGAUAUUUGGUCCUGGGACGAUCUCUUUGGAAGUAAAUGUGUAUGUUUUACAGCACAGACUGUUUCUCCUUCUCCGACUCAGUGCCACGGUGAAGGUCUUCUCCCAAGGUGCACUGAGCUAGCUCCUCCCUCUUCCAAAACAGACAAAGCCGGGUCUAUCCCCAGAGGGGUUAACUGGGCUGUCUGUCAGGAGGUUCGUUUCAAAGACUGGCUGCAGCCUCAGCAUCUUCUUGCCUCCAUCUUACUGUUUCCUCAGGAGGKAGCAGUUCACCUUUUGGGAGUGUUCCCAGGUCUUGGAGAGACUGAACACUGAGCGUGCUUGCGGUCAGGACAAAAGCAGUUUAGUUUGUCUCAAGGAACUGAAGGGGGAAAGGAAGGAGGACACCUGAAAGUCCUGAUUACAUUGUAGCAAAGAAGGUCUUUGUACAAUCUCACCAGAGUCUGUUCCUCCCUGGUGUCCAUGCUGUCAACCCUAACAAGGCAGAUCCCCGCUGUGCCCCAGUCAUUUGGGGAUGGGAGGCUUGAUCUGAAGGCUUCAACAUGACCAAAGUAAUGACUCUAGGAAGGAGGAAAGGAGAAGCUCCAUGGGUCAGGUUCACAGUCCCUGGACGGUUCAGCCAAGGAGCCCAGUAGCAAACAUGCCACAUAGCRGGGGUGUGCACAAGUCACCACGUGUCACGAGUUUUCCUGUGGCUGCACUACUUCCCUGGACAAAGCAAGGAGUCUGCAGCACAUCAGCACUCUGGGGACUUCCCCGUCCCCUUGGCCAAGAGAAGUCUUCCCCCUGCGYGUGUGUAUGUCCAUCUGCCAUUUGUCUCUUCAGGAGAAGAAUCCAUAUCUCCAUAAGCUCCCCCUCCUGGCAAAGUCACCUGCUGUUCUAAGAGUUGCUGUGGCAGGAAAUGCUGUUCUUUCUGUGAAAGAUGUGGCUCUCAUGAACCAAACCAGGGCUCUUGCCAUGUGGGACACCUGAACUCCUGCACCCCCUAAUGCCAAGAACCCCUGCCCUGUCCUGUGGAGGAAACCGCCUCCUCCCCCAUACGCGCCCUAAGCGUUACGUCUGGCGGAAGAAAAUGUUUGCCAAAAAUGGCCUUUUGUUGUCUUCCUUGAUGUCUUCCUGGCAAAUCUGGCCAUUUCUUUUGUUUGCAGCAUGGCUGAAGCCAACCGGGGGCGGAUGGGCACAGCCACAAGACACCCCCCCCCCCCCCCCCCCCCC